AUGGCUGAUACUUCCUAUAGCCUCAGUACUGCCCCCCUAUACUGAGUAACAAUGGCUGAUCCUUCCUAUAGCCUCAGUACUGCCCCCCUAUACUGAGUAACAAUGGCUGAUCCUUCCUAUAGCCUCAGUACUGCCCCCUAUACUGAGUAACAAUGGCUGAUCCUUCUUAUAGCCUCAGUACUGCCCCCUAUACUGAGUAACAACGGCUGAUCCUUCCUAUAGCCUCAGUACUGCCCCCCUAUACUGAGUAACAAUGGCUGAUCCUUCCUAUAGCCUCAGUACUGCCCCCUAUACUGAGUAACAAUGGCUGAUCCUUCCUAUAGCCUCAAUACUGCCCCCCUAUACUGAGUAACAAUGGCUGAUCCUUCCUAUAGCCUCAGUACUGCCCCCUAUACUGAGUAACAAUGGCUGAUCCUUCUAUAGCCUCAUACUGCCCCCUAUACGAGUAACAACGGCUGAUCCUUCCUAUAGCCUCAGUACUGCCCCCCUAUACUGAGUAACAAUGGCUGAUCCUUCCUAUAGCCUCAUACUGCCCCCUAUACUGAGUAACAACGGCUGAUCCUUCCUAUAGCCUCAGUACUGCCCCUAUACUGAGUAACAAUGGCUGAUCCUUCCUAUAGCCUCAGUACUGCCCCCUAUACUGAGUAACAAUGGCUGAUACUUCCUAUAGCCUCAGUACUGUCCCCUAUACUGAGUAACAAUGGCUGAUCCUUCCUAUAGCCUCAGUACUGCCCCUAUACUGAGUAACAAUGGCUGAUCCUUCCUAUAGCCUCAGUACUGCCCCCUAUACUGAGUAACAAUGGCUGAUACUUCCUAUAGCCUCAGUACUGCCCCCUAUACUGAGUAACAAUGGCUGAUACUUCCUAUAGCCUCAAUACUGCCCCCUAUACUGAGUAACAAUGGCUGAUCCUUCCUAUAGCCUCAGUACUGCCCCUAUACUGAGUAACAAUGGCUGAUACUUCCUAUAGCCUCAAUACUGCCCCCCUAUACUGAGUAACAAUGGCUGAUCCUUCCUAUAGCCUCAGUACUGCCCCUAUACUGAGUAACAAUGGCUGAUCCUUCCUAUAGCCUCAGUACUGCCCCCCUAUACUGAGUAACAAUGGCUGAUCCUUCCUAUAGCCUCAGUACUGCCCCCCUAUACUGAGUAACAAUGGCUGAUCCUUCCUAUAGCCUCAGUACUGCCCCCCUAUACUGAGUAACAAUGCUGAUCCUUCCUAUAAGCCUCAGUACUGUCCCCCUAUACUGAGUAACAAUGGAUCCUUCCUAUAGCCUCAGUACUGCCCCGCUAUACUGAGUAACAAUGGCUGAUCCUUCUUAUAGCCUCAGUACUGCCCCCUAUACUGAGUAACAACGGCUGAUCCUUCCUAUAGCCUCAGUACUGCCCCCCUAUACUGAGUAACAAUGGCUGAUCCUUCUUAUAGCCUCAGUACUGCCCCCCUAUACUGAGUAACAACGGCUGAUCCUUCCUAUAGCCUCAGUACUGCCCCCCUAUACUGAGUAACAAUGGCUGAUCCUUCCUAUAGCCUCAGUACUGCCCCCUAUACUGAGUAACAAUGGCUGAUCCUUCCUAUAGCCUCAGUACUGCCCCCUAUACUGAGUAACAAUGGCUGAUCCUUCCUAUAGCCUCAGUACUGCCCCCUAGAGUGAUGGGCAGGGACUGAAACCAUCGCAGUGUCUGUGACUCAGUGAUACCUGCUCCCAGGUGAGUGCCAGUCCCUGUGAGUGGGAGUGAUCGCCCUGAUACUAGUUUCAGUCCUAGUUUGGAGAUCAGGGAGGGGGAGGGUCAGCCAUUACCCCUCCCAGGACUGAGCCUUUUAAUGUUACCUGGCUCCUGGCCGCGCCCAGUAUAAGCAGUCACAGGCUGGGAUCAGGGCAAGGAGCACUCACUGAUACAUUGUAUCCUAACUAACCGGGACAUUCCAGGGCAGCUAGCGCAUUACUCCGGACACCCAGCGGGGAUGAAGAAACCCCGGAACCCCCCUGGAUCGCUCGUCCUGUUCGUCCUAACUUUACAGGUUAGUACUCUUCCACUUACCUACAAAUUAACAACAUGAGAGCACCUGUAAUACCUAACUACCUAGAAACUGCCCCCUGUGAGUGCCAUGAGAGCAUCUGUAACACCUAACUACCUAGAAACUGCCCCCUGUGAGUGCCAUGAGAGCACCUGUAACAUCCAACUACCCAGAAACUGCCCCCUGUGAGUGCCAUGAGAGCACCUGUAACAUCCAACUACCCAGAAACUGCCCCCUGUGAGUGCCAUGAGAGCACCUGUAACAUCCAACUACCCAGAAACUGCCCCCUGUGAGUGCCAUGAGAGCACCUGUAACAUCCAACUACCCAGAAACUGCCCCCUGUGAGUGCCAUGAGAGCACCUGUAACAUCCAACUACCCAGAAACUGCCCCCUGUGAGUGCCAUGAGAGCACCUGUAACAUCCAACUACCCAGAAACUGCCCCCUGUGAGUGCCAUGAGAGCACCUGUAACAUCCAACUACCCAGAAACUGCCCCCUGUGAGUGCCAUGAGAGCACCUGUAACAUCCAACUACCCAGAAACUGCCCCCUGUGAGUGCCAUGAGAGCACCUGUAACAUCCAACUACCCAGAAACUGCCCCCUGUGAGUGCCAUGAGAGCACCUGUAAGACCCAACUACCCUGAAACUGCCCCCUGUGAGUGCCAUGGGGUUUAGUGAAAUAUCUGAAGUAUUUUACUGAAAGAGUUGCGGGUGCAUGGAAUUGCCUUCCAGUAGAGGUGGUAGAGGCAAUGAAAGAAAGCUUGGGAGAGACAUUUUUUGUACUGAGCAGGUAAUUAUACUAUGCCAGUGACUCUUGUGAAAAGGAAUGGGCAGACUAUACAGCUGAUUGCUUUAUCUUAAUCACUGUCUUAAAAAAAAAAUAUUUUCAGGGUCUGUCAAAUCCUAAAAUUAUUUUAAAACCAGUUUAGUUCUGGUAACUAGUUUAGGAUUAAACCCCUAUGUAAAAUGGGGUACUUUACUAUUCCACUGAGCACCAUGGAUUAAUAAACGCAGGAGACCUGAUUAGGGACUUCCCUGGGGAUCGUGACUAAUUCUAUUUUAAUGGCAGGUCACUGGAGGUCUGACAACAUGGAUAAUAUGUGGCAGUACUGGAUUCACCCAGGAAGACUAUUAUUUCACUGUGCCAAGGAAAUUAAAAGAGAGUACUGUGAUUGGACGAGGUAAGGCCUGGCAUUGUUUAAUAGAUUGCACCAAUUAUUGGGGUGGGGGGGGCUAAAUGUGGCCAGAAUUGUUUUCAUCAGUUUAUCUCGGAGGCUCAAUUGCACCCUUGAGUAAAUCAUUCACAUUCUUGGUUAAAAUGAUUGUUUGGACUCUUCCUGACAUCAAUGUUAUCUGAUAAUUAGUGGUCCUUAUCCUGACUUCCAGCUUGUUUGCUGCCCAGGGGGGUAUCGGUAUCCCUUUGGGAGGAACAGAUCAAACAAGUCAUUCACUUUGGUGUAAAAUGAUAGCCCGGGACAUGUGUACUUACUUACGGAAAAUCCCACUGGAAUAUAAAUAACUCAGGACUCGGAAUUCCCACUAGCCAUUGGCGAGUGAAAAUAUAUCCCUGGAGGGUAUGCCAUGGCUUGCAGUGGCAUGUAACUUUUAAGGCCUGGCUAGUAGUACAUUAAGCUACAUAUAUAUAUUUCUACUCGCCAAUGGCUAGUGGGAAUUCUGAGUCCGGAGUUGUUUAUAUUCCAGUGGGAUUUUCCGUAAGUAUAUUUAUAUGUGUGUGUUUAUUGGAGUACUCUGAAUUGGAAAAAAAAACUUGCUGCUUAUUCAGAAAGAGAAACUCCCUUUUUAACCAGUGUAAUUGGUAGAAUCAUUAUACUUGUUUCGGUUUUGCUGACUCCACUUUUUUUUUCUAAGUUUGCUUUGAUAAUUCUCCAUCAACAUGCUGAAAGCUGCUACUCUCCCAGCUCAGCUCUUUACAGGUGCCAAUCACACCUUGGAACCCUGAAUGCAUUAAUAUAGGCCUUCUGCCAGAACACACAUUAACCAGAGCAUUAUAGUACAUGGCAAUCUCUUCCCUCCCCCUCCCCCCCCACCCUUUUUUUUUUCCACCUCAUGUUUGGGUGGAUGGGGGGGUAAUAUGAGGGGAGCCAGGUUAAUGUAGAAAGUCUCGGUAUUAUAUUUAAGUAAUGAUUCCUUGAAAGUGGAAAUAUAUAUUGUUCAUACAAAGCUGCUCGAUAAUCAGAAUAGACAGAUGUCAAAUAUAACAGUUUGAAAUGGAAAAAUGUUGCUGGUAUUGUCAGAAUUCUUGGAGUUUGUUCCAGUCCCUUUGCAUUGUCAGCACGUUGGCUCUCUGUGCUGUACAUUACUUUAGGGGUAAUGGGUAAGCGUUGACUAUAUAUAUAUAUAUAUAUCGGCCUGCCUACCUUGGACAUGGCGACCGUCAGUUAAAUCAUCAGGAAUCUAAGUGGUUCAAAUGAUCCGCUUUGGAUGCCGCCAUUUUACAAGCAGUCUUUGCCCAAAAGUUAGCUCUUGGGUAUAUUCUAUAAAAAGCAACAUGGCUGCCAAUUAGCCAUAUAUUGAGAAAUCUGGUUAUAGCUCUGGGAGAUUGCUAAAGGUGAGGGUAAAAUAUACAGCAGUAAGCUCUGUUACUGGGGGAGAGAAAAUAGGUUUAAAUGGAAUGGAACAUUCCAUAUGCUUUAUGGUAAAUGUAAAUACCUUGUGCACACUCCUUCCUGUACACCUUCCUUUGGUGUGAGUUAAGAUAGACUUGUCAUCACAGGCCUGCUCCUUUCCAGGGAGGGUGGGGGCAGGAUUUUAUAAUGUUAAUUGCGAAAUCCUGUUACACAACAUUCCUUUAUCCUGGGGGUUAAUGGACUGAAAGCCAUGUCUAGUCCUUUGUAGGAUCCCAGCCCUUACCAUCCAUGUAGAUCCAUACUGGCCAGGCUCUCUUAUUUGAGCUAUAUGUGGGAUCUACGCUGCUGUAUAUGUUGGAGCCUUCUAAAUAUUGUAAACAAUGCCUCUGAGGGAUUAUUGUAAGGGGGGUCCGCUCCCCCACCUUGUUCCACUUCCUAAUGUGUUUUUAUCCCAUCUCCUCUAGACUGUAAGUUGUUUUGAGCAGAGGCCUCAUUAACCUAUUGUUCCUGUAACAUUUUGUAAAUGUCCCCCUUUUUUUUAAUAUUGUAAAGAGCUGCGUAAUUGGCGAUGUAUAAAUGCCAAUAAUAAAAAUAGUGGGAAUGAUUAAAUUACUUUACUACUAAACAAAACAAAAAAAAAACUACAAGAUUAAUUGCUGCAUCGUAUUAAUUUUUCAGAAUCUUCUGGUUAGCAAUGAAAUCUAAUCAUGAUGUAGUUGUUUCAAUCCAUUUGCAGUGUUUGUGUGAUGUUAUACAGAGAAUAUUGGGGUCCUACUCACUAAGCUGGGGUGAUGUCUUUCCAGUCCUGUGUUAAUGCGUUCAAUCUCAAGUCAGCAUUACCGUUCUCCAGAAUGUCAAUAUUCGUCCAUAAUUAGAUCUGAAACCACCUCAAUCUCCACAUUAUCAGCAUAGCGUUCCCUUAUGGGAAGUAUUUUCUGUCUAAUUAUAUUUAUUUAUUUGUUGUCAGUCUUUAAUUUCUGUGCUAGCACAAUACAGAACCGUUUCAGAUAAUGUGCGUGAUAACCUUGUGUUUUUGCAAAACUAAAAGGAACAUAGAAGAUUGUGUGUAUAAACCAUUUUAGUGAUAAAACCUAUACAGUGCUCUUCGUAUAGACGGGUAAUGUUUUCUGUUUAAUUUGUGUAGUCUGUCUACAUCCUGUUUUACUGUAUAAACUAUUUUUAAAGAAAUUUCAGUAAAAAAAUAAUAAAAUGGGAUUGACUGCUCCAUAUGGUGAGAGACCAGGAACUGUCUGGGAUGUAAAUGCCAGGUAGUUAUAGAGCUACAGUUCGUUAUUUAUGAAGCAAGAUAACACGGUACUUUUUUUACUUGUCUGAUUUUGCACAAUUUUCUAAUUUGCACAAGUGAUGUCAUCAAACUGAAACUAUCCACCGAGAUAUCACGAGAAUUCGGAAUAUGUCUCUAGGGCCGAAACAAGUUCCCACACGCUGAUCUUCGGUCAAGGAAACCUUUUUGAAAUGAAGCUUCUAGUCUGACUUGUGUUAACAAAAGAUUGCACAACGCUCAGAUAUAUUUCAUACACAAACGCACAAUACAACUUGCAGAUAUCGUUGUAAUUUGGUUUUACAGAAAAGCUCUGAUUGUGUAACUUGUCUUCCAAAUGUACCGGUCAGUUUACUCGUCUAUCUAAUCAAAAUUUAGAGGCAAAUAGUUUUUGUCAAGGACUCUCUCCAUCUAAAUAUAACGAGCUCUGUUCAUUACUGUUCUCACUUUCAAGCACACCCUCCAAGUGGCCCGAUUUGGGAGGGAUAGUCUCUCUAAUUUGGGCCCAUACACAUGCUUUUAAUACAUCUCCCAUUUCUGUUUCAUACUUCUCAGAUUUGGACAGGGAUGGAAUGUAUACUUGCUAUGCAUGUACAGUGCUUCCCUUAUCCAUGUAUAAGGGAGGUAUGUGUUGGUGUAGUGCUGUACGUGCGCCGUGGAGGUACGUGUUGGUGUAGUGCUGUAUGUGCGCCGUGGAGGUACGUGUUGGUGUAGUGCUGUACGUGCGCCGUGGAGGUACGUGUUGGUGUAGUGCUGUACGUACGCCGUGGAGGUACGUGUUGGUGUAGUGCUGUACGUACGCCGUGGAGGUACGUGUUGGUGUAGUGCUGUACGUGCGCCGUGGAGGUACGUGUUGGUGUAGUGCUAUAUGUGCGCUGUGGAGGUACGUGUUGGUGUAGUGCUGUACGUGCGCUGUGGAGGUAUGUGUUGGUGUAGUGCUGUACGUGCGCCGUGGAGGUACGUGUUGGUGUAGUGCUGUAUGUGCGCCGUGGAGGUACGUGUUGGUGUAGUGCUGUACGUGCGCCGUGGAGGUACGUGUUGGUGUAGUGCUGUACGUACGCCGUGGAGGUACGUGUUGGUGUAGUGCUGUACGUACGCCGUGGAGGUACGUGUUGGUGUAGUGCUGUACGUGCGCCGUGGAGGUACGUGUUGGUGUAGUGCUAUAUGUGCGCUGUGGAGGUACGUGUUGGUGUAGUGCUGUACGUGCGCUGUGGAGGUAUGUGUUGGUGUAGUGCUGUAUGUGCGCCAUGGAGGUACGUAUGUGUGCCGUGGAGGUACGUGUUGGUGUAGUGCUGUACGUGCGCCGUGGAGGUACGUGUUGGUGUAGUGCUGUACGUGCGCCGUGGAGGUACGUGUUGGUGUAGUGCUGUACGUACGCCGUGCAUGUUACUCACCGCAGCAAUAUGACGCUGUGUGCCCCACAUGUUGGUAAUUUGUCCUGAAAUGAAUGGAGUUACAAAAAUAUAUUCUGUUCUUCAAUUUACUGGAAAUAUAUAUAUUACUUGCAAGACUGCUUUCAUUUUCCAAGCUACUUUAUAUAUUUACUUGUAUCUUUGUUUUAUAGUUUUUAGCUGCAGUCCAUGCCCAUUUUGCGUUGGAGGCGGCACAGUUAGUUGUGUGCGUUUCUCCUAUUAAACAUGUUUACAGAUAACACUUGAGGCGGUUGUAUUGUUUAUUUAAUACCAGUCACGGUGCUGGGUCUAGGCUGAGCUCGUUUUGUAUUUUGUCCUCUUGUGUGGAGUCUUUCAUUUCUGUGUCUUGGUCGAUGUGAGUUUUCAGGCCUGCGUGAUGUGUGUUGUUUCUUGCAUUGAUGCAUAAACAUCUUAACCUCCAAAUUCAAGGCUUCGAGGAAAUGUGGACGUUCUAAACGCAGAUGUGUUUGCCAGUACAACAGACGUGUUCCAAUAAUUAUUUUGUUUAGAAAAGUUGAUCAUUCUUUGCAGUUUAGAAAAUAUUAAAUUUUUCAGCAAAAUCACGAUUGAGAUUAUUUACUAUAUUCAGAAUUUCAAUUUUAAGGAAAAAUUCUGUUUUAUGCAUUUCUUUUUCUCUGCUAUUUUUGCCCAAUAUCUGCCCAUUUCUUGCCAAUUCUCCCCAAUUCCCAGCAGAGUGAGUAAAACCCCGGUCUCCAUGGUCCCCCAAGUUACAGGUUACAUUCAGUAAAUCCUGUGUAAUCAAUCUGACUUGUGAUCUCGAAGUAGAAAUAUUUCUAAUAAUUGCAGGCAGUGUUUUCAGACAUUUUUUCCAUCAGCACUAAACAUGAUUGCUUCUCUUUCAAAUAAACACAAAUAUAAUAAGCAAAUCAUUAAUUAUACAUCGUGUGCAGCUGAUGCCCAAAGCCACAAUCAUUCUAAGCUUCUAACCUAAUCCUGUGUCAAAAAUAAAAAAUAAAUAAAUAUACAUAUAUAUAUAUAUAUACACACACACACACACACUUUUAAAGUAAACUAUAGAUCGUCUUUUGUUGAAUGUUGAAAUGCUUUUCUUUCCCCACAUAUUCCUGUGUAGAGAAAGGCUCACAUUCUCUAACCACUGUCAAUGUAUUAAUAUAAAAGGUUAUAAAAUAGGUUUUGAGACAUUGUAUCCACAUUGAAAAGAAACAGACAAUCCAAUGUUGGAGCCAUUUCUUUCUCCACAAUGCUUCACAUCUCUAUCAACACGACUUCCAGUUUUGGAGUGAGACCCCUAAAAUAAUCAGCCAGUAGGCCAUUUUAGGAGCCUGUUUAAUAUGUGGAGAGUAAAGACCCAAAUUUUAUGUGUGCUGGUGUGGCUGCGUGGAGUGUCAAUGUGUGGCUCUUUGGGCAUGUUGAUUAGCUGUGUGGCUCUGUGGGCAUGUUGAUUAGCUGUGUGGGCAUGUUGAUUAGCUGCCUGGCUCUUUGGGCAUGUUGAUUAGCUGCCUGGCUCUGUGGGCAUGUUGUGUCGCUGCGUGGCUCUGUGGGCAUGUUGUGUCGCUGCGUGGCUCUGUGGGCAUGUUGUGUCGCUGCGUGGCUCUGUGGGCAUGUGUCGCUGCGUGGCUCUGUGGGCAUGUUGUGUCUCUGCGUGGCUCUGUGGACAUUUUGCAGGUUGUGGGGGCAGAGUACCAUGCACACAGUUCACUCACAAGACUGUCUCUAGAUAAUGAGUGAGAAGACAGACUUCUAUGUAGAUGGAGAGUAAUUGUGAUGAAACAUCAAUCCUAACAUAAUACAGGAAAGGAUCACCUUCCACAUUGAUGUUCCAUGUUCCUGUUUUUUUCAGAUUUUACAGUGUUCUCUUAAAACUCUCUAGAGUGUAGGGGCAAGGAUGGAGAGUGACUGACUGCUGCAUCUUGCAUUUAGACCUCUCCCGCAGCCUGGAUAGGAUUACUGACUAAAAGACGAAUUCCUACAGCAUAUGAUUUCCAUAUACUGUGGGGAGCACUUUUUACACACUGCCCAUCAGCAGGUAGAAAUUAUUUGUCUGGGAAACCUCUCUGGAUUUAGCCCUUUUUGCCCCUGUAGAUUUGAGUGCAUUACCCAGACUGAAUUGCAAAAUCUCUAUCGAGGCUUCAGAAUCCUAACCAGAGCUUUCAUUUACAGAGUCCGCCUGGCCGGGUCCUUUACUAAAUGUCACCAGUGUAGUAAAUGUCAAAGUUUAGGCCCCAAAAAAGCUAAAUUGUAAAAAAUCUCCAAGUGCGAGUUUCCAGUUAAGCAAACAUUGUGAUUCAGUUUGAAUUCGAAGUAUUUACAGUUCAGUAAAUAUAGCAGUGUUAGUGAAAUUUUCAGUAUUUGUUCCAUGAUGAAGCUACCAGGUAUUAGAGUGCUAGCUGUGGGUCACCCAAUGCCGACCCAGCAAUGACGUGGGGCUGUGUCUCAUCGGAUCACCUUUCAAAUGGUAUGGGUCACCUUUGCACAUGCUGAGCAGGUAAAUCUUUCUUCCUUUAAUUAAAGAACAUGCACUGGGCCUUCAAUGCAGGAUUAUUGGUGUUUAUUUCCUAGAAAUGGUUAAUUAGGUCUUUAUUUACUUGCUCCCCAGACAAUUAAAAUAUUUUAGGUGUGGCUGUAAGUCUGUUUCACGGGGUGUUCCAGGUGUUUUGACAAAUUCUAGGAGGCCUGUGACCUCUGCACUGGGAGUGGCAGCCUCUGGCCAUUUAAAUCCAUGGACCAAAACUUCUAUUGUGCCCAGACAGCCAAAGGCUAAAUUCAUGGCUGACAUUAGAAUAGCUAAGGUCAUAUUUGUGGACUUUGCCUGAUUAGCUAUAUCCAUCUUACUGACUGUUCUAAGCAUCCUGGGUUAAAUGGAAUGGCUGUUAUGUUAGAUUGGUCAUAUAUAGUAGCAUUUUCUGUUUAGAUGAACAUUGGAUCACUUUCUCUCUGAGCAGCGCAUGCUGUAAAUGUCCUGUAUUGACGAAUCCAUCGUAGGCAACCUUCGACACACCUGAUAUUGGGGACUAUAUCUCCCCUGAUUCUUUGCUAUCAUUAUGAGUAAGAGCAUUAUGGGACAUGUAGUCCACAUCUGGAGUGCCAAAGGUAGCUUAUCCUUGUACUAGAGGUUCCAAGCCUCUGUUUUAGCUGUAGGGUUAUGGGUUGGGUUUAAGACUUCCAUUUUAAUAUUUUUGGAUAAACUUUUAAAGUUGUUCUAUUUUUUUUUUCCUCAAAAAUAUGAUAAUGUCUAAAAUAUAUAUUAAAAUAUUUGUCAAAAAAUAUAUUAAAUAAUAUGAAUCGUUCAUUCCAAAAUAUUAAAUUGAGGCCCAACUUAUCUGCCAUUUUUACUCUGGACUAUCAGUCUGCCAGUAUGCACAGACUUUUAUUUUCUGAAUUUCCUAAAACCCUACAAGAGGGUAUGUGUCUAAAAUCAUGACUGCCUGCACAGUGCACUUUAGAUGGGAGGUUAUUUAACACUUACUGAGCCUGCUCGGGGUAACGAGGAUGUAAGAUAACAAUUCACAUUAUUAAUAUUAUUAUUGGUAUUUAUAUAGCACCAGCUUAUUCCACAGCGCUUUACAAUAAGAGGGGAGUUUACCGAAUGAGACAAUAACAAAAUGUCACAGGAACAAUAGGUAGUCGAGGACCCUGCUCAAACGCGCUUACAGUAACAUGUAACUUUGUUCCCCAGUGAUAGUUGGGUGACCAAGGACCCUGAUUUGUGAAAACGUCACUAAUAUUUCGGAUUACAAAUAAACCAUUUCAGGGAUGGUAAAAGCUUUAUCACAGACCCAUAAUGCUGAUAACAAUACAGAAAAUCCUUUCUAGAAAUCCUAAUUUUGAAAGGGAAUGAAUAUCCACAAGUGAAUUGUUGAUGACAUACGGAUGUGUUGCUCAUAAUGACAAACUGUUUGACCUGUACUGCGAGACUCCUCCCAUAUCAAACGCUGAUUUCUAAUUGUACAAAGAAAGUAAUUGUCCAACCCGUCACCUCUAAUUACAAAUCCUCCCAGGUGAAUUCACACCUAAAAUGAUUCACACCCCUGUGCCACCUCCUUAUACUUUGAACAAGUUAAUUUAUUAAUGUAAAGGAUAACAGCCUGCCAACCUCUCAUGUCGUGCACAAAGAGAGAUUCUAAACAAAAAAGAGAAACAAAUUCCAUUUCUACAGCAUAUGAGUGCUACAUACCAUGAGAAGUGCAUUUCAUAUCCAGUCCCACAUCAUAAAUCAGUCAAAUGUGUCCAUCUCAAAACCAGGCGAUCAUGUCCCUUGAGGUGUUUCCUGGACCAACAGAGCAUACAGCUGUGCAGCCUUAGUUUAUAUUUUUUUCUUUAUACAUUGUAUAAAUCUAUUCUAAAUUUGAAUACACAAUAUAUAAUUCCAUACCUAAUCCAGUGAAUGCACUAAACACCAGCUGUGAGGCUAACCAAAUGUAACUUUAAAAUAACACACUUUUUUGUGACUUACUAAUAACUAUUUAUACAACCAAACUGUGUGUUUAUAUGUAUAGGUGUGUAUUAAUAACUUUCCUCCUCCGUAAGGUGUGGCAAGCUCACGUGGCCCCACAUAAUAAAGUUAAUUUAAAUGCUAAAUUCACAGUGCAAUAUUUCCUUUUACACAACGUACACCGUAUCUAUCUCACACAAAGUGAGUCAGCUGCCUAUUACCGUCUAUAUAGUCGCAUAGCUGCUCUAUAAAUAUAGUAAUCAUUCAUUUAAUUAAAAUUCAUUCGAAGAGCUGUAGCUGGUAAUUUAAAUGGCUCUAAUUUUAAAACCUACAUUAGAUUAACUGCUCGAAGUAUACUGUGUAGUUUCAUAUACUCGUAUGUGGACAAUGUUACCCAACUGCGCCGGAGCGUACGUAACCUCUUGGGGCUUUUAUCUGACAUGGUAAUGUUUAGUAGUAUUGUCUUGCAAGGUUAUUUCCUAAAAUAUUCAUUUAUGAGAAGUGAAAGUGAAGUUAAAAUGUUAGGCCAAAAAAAGUAAGAUGUAUGUUCUUAUUAUUCAGCAGUCCUGGACGAACAUCUGAAAUUAAUGUUUCCUACACACGGCAUGUUUGUGCAUGGGUUUGACACUGCGUCUUAAGUACAGGGGUUCCAGUUCAAAGCCUGUGGCCUGAGCGUCACGGUCGCUCCUAUCUCAUUGAAGUAAAUGUGGCUCAGCAUACGGGAAGGUCUGAUCAUGCCGACAAUACUUUCCAAAAAGGAGUGCCUGGGUCAUUAGCAGCGCCUGCAGCCUGUGUUCGUUCUAUUACUGGCUGCUCAGGAGUGUCCCAAGCUGAAACAUGAAGGAAGCCAUUUGCCCUGGGGUCCAGAGUGGCUUGUGCAAUCCAGUACUGCUCCCUGCCUCGCUGUUUAGUGGUGCUGGGGCCAGAGUGAUCAGAAUGCUGGUAAAACGCCACAGGCGAUGCUGGAGAUCUUUCGGCAACGUGUUAUGUUGACCUCUUAGGCUGUUUUUCUGGUGCUUUUCCUAUUUAUUGUAUAUUUUGUAAUAUUUGCUCCAGAAUUUUCCUUACUUCCUACGGUUUUAUUUUCCUGUCCCAUUUGAAACCCUGCGCCUUUACUUUCUGAGAAACGUUUCCUCUACUGUCAGUGGCGUGUUGUCUGUGACAUGUAAGCGACUUUCGUGAUCUCCCUUUUUGUUUAAGGAUAAAAUUAAAUCCUUCUGCAGAUUCCUAUUGUUUUGCUAAUUUAAUCGUUGGUAAAAUUAGCAGCCUAAAAAGGCACAAAACUCCAAAGAUAAUUCACUAAUUUAUAAAGGGAGAGUAACCGUUUUUAUACAUAAAAUAAUCGCACAUUUGCACAAAACUGGUGAAAGCAAAUGCAACUAUCUUCAUACACGAUUUACCUUAUUUUGGAAGUACUCGGGCCCUGUUGUCAAAAGUGUCUGUGUAAUAAAGCGUUGAUGUUGGCCACACCAAAGAGAGCCUUAAUAGUGAUUACGGAAUAUCGGUGGAUAAAGCUGUAAGGGUACAGGCUCCAGUGAAUGCACAGCCUAUCCCGGUCUUUUAAAACUGACGUUUGGAACAAGUAUUUCAACUCUAGUGUGUAAUUUUAGGGUGCUGAGCUGGAAAAUAACACUUUAAUAGUAACUGUCCGGCAGGAUAUUGAAGGUAGGGAUCUACCAGUCUCCGGUUGGUCAAUCCUGAUUUAAUGAUAUGACCUCUUCUAGCGGAGUUCUAGAAUCUGGAUACAAUGUAUUGUUUCAUGCUUAGUGACCUAAUUCAUGGCUAUCCUUGGCACUGUCCGCCUUAUUACUGUCAAAUAACUCUGUAUCACUCUUAAAAUCUGCCGUGCCCAAGAUUUCAAUUUCUUUUCAUUUUCUAAGCUUGUUUGCACAAGGCCCUCAUCCGGUCUUCUUCCAGAAUGUGAAACCAGUUUUAUUGGCCCUAUCCUGUGACUAUAUCCAUUGCACCCAGGAGUUAAACACCCUUUUACCACUCAGAAUAUGUGGUGUCGAUUUGCAACUACUGCCUACAGUGGACCUUUUAUUUUUAUACACAAAGCCUCUACAUAACAGAAACAGACUCCCAGGCACAGGCUAUAUAAAUGGUUAAUUAUUGCCAUUCUUAUCUUUAAGAGCUGUUUUUUGUUGGAUUUUCCCACGUAUGCCCAAUUCCAUUCCUUUUUUUUUUUUUUUUCGUCCAAGCUGGCUCAGAUUUCCUGUAAUUUCAGUAAAAUUUUAAAAGAUCUGUUGCAUAAGUGUUAUUUCUUACCAUUAAUUUGGUAAGGCUUGCGGAGAAUCAUUAGACUUUUUAAAGCGGUUUUCACGUCCCCGCUUCUUUUUGACUGCUCAUUGAUGAUUUACAAAUAGUAACCAGUUUAAGAGUUAAACAGGACAGUCCGUAUUGAAGGCGUUGAAUACCUGAAUCUAGACGUGACCUUGCUUUGUGAGAUUAUUUUCCAAACUUGCUUAGCAAAGUAACAUCACUGUGUAAGCAUUUCAGAAAAUCAGACAAACUCAUUUAUAAAAGUUGGUAAAUGGUGUCGAACGUUGAAUCCCAUGGUUCAAUGAGAAAUUUGAAAGUGCUAUGUAAGAUUGGAAUAUCCUACCUAAAGUCUUGUUAGAGAGACUCCUACUAACAGUCAAAUUUAUUAGUUUUAGUAACCUGGCUGACGGGAAUUUUAAUGGCAAUAAGACUAGGGGUUUUCCUAACACAGGCCCUUAAAGGGAGGCAGGAUAUCAGGAGACCUUCGAGGCAGUCUGGCAUGUAAAAAUAAUUGUUACAACUAUGCAUAUUUAUUGUUAUAUCUAAAUAGUUAGAUCCACUGCAUGUGUACAUAAUAUAAUUAUUAUAAUCUUUAUUUUAUAUCUAAAUAGUUAGAUCCACUGCACGUGUACAUAAUAUAUAUUUAAUUAUUAGGAUAUUUAUUUUUGCAUUUCUCUUUAGGAGUCGGCAAUGAUUUAGGGACAGUGGUUCGUUGGAUUUUUUCAGUUACGGCUUAUCCUCUAAUAGGGAAUAUUUAAGUGUGAUAGCAGUUUUUGUCUAUCCAGUGAUACCAUUUUUUUUUGUGUGAUUGGAACAUAUUGGGAAAAUAGUCCACCCCUGGAAUUGUUUAAUUAUUCCACCUAUGGGCCUAGCCUAACCUCCUCCCCAAUACAAACAAUAGAGUUCCAUUGUGACAGCCCUCGUAGCAGAUGAUUGGAGUCUGUUUGCACGACGCUGACUCAGGCUCCGGUUAUACAUAUUUAAUAAAUUGAGGUUUGCGUGGGAGGGGAUUGGCUUUCUCACCCCCCAACCUGAAUUUACUAACACACAUGAUCUAACACAUAAUGAUCAGACUAAUGCACUUUAUUAAACUACCUGUUGGUCUGAAGCAGCUCUGGUCAAUCGUCACAAAAAAAUUAAUAUAUAGGAAACCACGGAGGCUAAAUUGUAAAAAUACCUAAUAGUCUGCGGUGAUGAAUGGGGAUAGAUAAUGUUUAUUCUACACAUUUAAACUGUUGUUUUCCCAAAGCUAAUUCUAUAGAACCUUAAUUUUGUUCAUAACUACUUGUAUUUUUUAUUUUAUUUUUUUCCUCUAAAUGUCCCUUUCUUCCUGUUUUCCUUGAGCCAGUCACAAUAGUCCAUAAAACAUUCAAAUCAGGACACGACUAACCUCAAUGGUUUUAAAACCACAAUGUCCUGCCUCUCCCUCCAAUCAGUGCAGCCGGGAUUCUGGGUAAUAGCUAUAAAAUGGAUACAGUUGUAACCAUUGCAACCUUCCCUUAUAGUAAAUACUAUCAUUCAAUUCAUUUCCUGUCUCCUAUAUUGACCUUAGUUCCCCAGAAAUGCCUCCACGUUCACACAAACCCACCUUUAUCAGUCUGUUACCCCUCUCCCUAUGCUGUACCCCUUCAUUAAUCCCAAAUAUUCUACCCAUCCUCUCCCUCCCUACCGCCCUACACUCAGAUGCCCCAUCAUGACCCGAUUACCUGAUUUUGGCUUAAAUGUGAGAACUCUGGGACGCAAAAACUGAUCCAUUCAAAAAAAAAAACAGUAUCCCCCUGUUUACAUGGGGCAUCUUAAAACUCUGCUGCACCAUGUCGCUAUAUAACAUUUGUAUUUCUGAUGUCCUCCUCUUAUUAAAAGUGAAUAUAUAUACAUACACACUCACACUCUUACUCUCCCUCUGUGCCUUCUCCCCCCUUUAUGUACUGGCAUGAAGUGCCGCAGAGAACUGGUUAUCGGACUGUUUUGAUUCUGUAGUUUCAGCUCGGAGUGUGAAAGGCAGUUUCUGGAAAAGGUUCUUUUUGUCCCGUCCCCCACCUGCGCUCAGUGAUUCAACACGACUCAUGUUACAGGCUGUGUUCUCGGUGAUGUCAGCCUUUCACCUGAACUGAUCGGAGACCUGAUAAAACAUUCAAAUCAUGACAAGACUAACAUCCGGAAACAGACUGAGCAGGUUUACCAAAACUUACCUUUCCCCCGCCCCCGAAACCCCAAAACCGAACUCACUACAUCAAAAAGCACAUAUUACUCUUCCUCCUUUAUAUUUUAACCAUAGUAUCUCAUCUUGCUAUUAAAUGCCGGCUGAGUUUUAACACUUUGUGUAGUAAAAGAACAUGCAGUAUUAUUUCAAUUAAAAUCUAUAUUUUGCACUUUAUAAUAUUCAUCUCUGGUGCCUGGCAAACCGGCUAUGACAGCGUGCUCAGUGAGGUUUCAAUGGUAAAUUCACUGAAAGAUUUGUUCGUUUUGAUGCUCGGCGUGCAAUAUAUAUAUUGUGUGUUUAGAAGUUUGCAAACUCAGACUGUUCUUCCAGACUCGGGCCAGUUGGCAUGUUUACCCCCCCACCCCCACCCUUUCCCAUGUUGCGUGCUUGUAAUUAGCAUUGGGUGCCUGGGCAGUCCCUGUAGCUGUUAUAGGGUGUGUCUGGGUAAGGAAUGUGAUCCAUUAUCAGUUUGCACAGAGAGGACAAACCGGUUUCUCUCCUAGUCUGUUUGUUCAGCUUUGUGUGGGGGAGGAGAGAGACUGCCACACACAGUAACUCUAUCAGAGGUGGCUAUAAUCUCUCCAGUUUUUAUAGAACUCUAAACCCCACAAUGCUUAUCCAACCUUGCCAAUAAGAUCGCUCCACACAGUUUGUAAGCGCUACAAAUCCUGUGCAGCCUUUCUCUUGGCUCUUCCUGUUUGGUGUAAUUUUAUAUUUUCUACAUUUCUGCUGUUCCCCCAAAAAGCAUGCAACAUGCGUGUCAUUUCUACAGAGCUAUUUACGCAACGCAGUAAAACCCACAAGGACACAAUGUUGGCUUUCUAAAUUUGCAUUUUGAUUGCCGAACAGCUUUUAAAACCUUUACUCAAUGUUCUUAAAGGAAAUGCUAUAAUAAUAAUAAUUUAUUUACGUGCGCUAGUAGCAGAAUAUUGAUCCUAGGAUGGCGUACUUACAAAUAUAUUUUUGGGAAAUGUACUUUCAACUAGCUGAAUCUAAUCUAAUUGAGAAAAUGUAUUAUUGAUAAAGUAUCACAUCUUCACUCUCACUUUCUAUUGAUGGCACUAAAUAUAUAUUUUUUAAUGAUAUAGGUGUAUUCACUAACCUGGAAUUCAUGGAGAAUUAACAAAGGGAUUUAGGAUUUUAGGACAAAAUUUGUCCUAUGUUUUCAUUUUAGCAAUUUGUUAUGAAUGUUCCAGUUUCUGUCAAUUCUGCACGAUUUCCUGCUUGGUGAAUAAGCCCCAUUAUAUUAUUAUUUCUAUGUGUAAAGCGCAGGGCUGCGGCAGAGUGUAGGGGUCUGGGUGGGACAUAUUUGUGUAUUAUUGAGGAUUGAUAGGAGCAGUGUUGUGUAGAGACUUGUAAACAAGUUCCAGAAUUUUAAAACCAGGGCAAGAGGAGAAUCUGGAUCUAUAGACGCGGUAGACACCAGCCUUUAUGCCUAGCGGCCCCAUGAAAAUACAACGGUUCUAUAAAUCGCAACUUUAGAUAUGUUUGUAGAUAUGGGAUGUGCUCUUUCCCCAACUUCCAUAGCAAACCCAGGUAAGAACUCUGACAAAAUAGGACUCCUACUUGUUCAACACUUAGCUAAGAAGCCAAUGUUGUCUUCCAGUUCCCAAGCCAUCAACGUGAUAUUAGAGCAUGGAAUUGUGGUGGGAUAUAUAAUGUAUAUCUCAUUUUGUUGUAUUUUCUGUAUUGUAAGUCAGGCUCCUAGAAUUGUCCUUGUAGGCUCCAUUUGUCUUAUCCAAGGUUACAAUGACUAAAGCAGAGCUUCCUCUGACCUUCGGCCUAUUAUCAGCCCUGCAUGGCUGUGUACAUCUAUAUGCGUGUUCAUAUCUCUGUGUUGUCAGCUGAGUAGAGGCCUAUCCACUAAACACUGAGUGUAGGUGGACUUGAGAUGGACCUUUCUCUGUAGUUUAGUUAUGGCUAGUCACUGGGAGAUGCAGUCGUUAUCCUGUGUGCUCCCUACAGCCUGAUUUAGAACUCUGAAAUGCAAAUACCUACUCUGUCAAACUUCUGCCGCCAGGCACCAUAAACACUACAUCUGUCUGCAUUACUACAUUUUGUGAUCGUUGUAUUUGUGCAAUGUUUGGGUGCAGACUGCUUUUCUCAUAGUUUAAGGGUAUGACAAAAACAGGGCGAUAAAUCCAAUCUCUGCACACAUUGCAAUCAAAACGGGGGGGUGGUGUAAUGCCACCUUUCCAUUACUCUCUUACAUCCAUCGAAAACUGAACAGUGAACUGCUGCAGGCACAGAACAAAGAAUUCUCCAGUGCUCACUGCCUGUUACUGCCCUCGAAAUUCAGGUGGAUAAUGGCAGCAGCAGAACGGUGGCAGAGCUCAGUUUUUGUGAAACAUCUUGUUUUCAUGAGGAAAAAAAAGUAAUUCACGUCAAUAUGCUGCAGUGGUUAUGGUGCUUAGUUUGUCUUCAUUAAUGGUUGCUGCUGUCUGAUACUGAGCCUUUUGAGUGGUUUUAGAACAGAAAGUGGAAUUUGAAUCUGUCCAUUAGAUUUCACAAUCUGGUUUGUUCGUUAAAAGCUUGUAAAUGAACCUUGGAACCUGGAAUGGAUGUGUGAGUGCGAGUCCUGUUCACAGCCCGAUAAUGAAUGUUUGAGUUGUUUUGAGGGGGCAGAAAUAAAUUGCUCUGUGGAUGAUUUGGGGCUCCUUGCUGCUUUCUACCUUAUUAGAGUAAAUCUGGAGUUAGUGCCACCAUUUAUACCCAAUUAUGUUCUAAUUUAUCUUGAGUUUCCAUAUGUAUGUGAAGAAUCUAUGGCUCGUCUUCCAUAAUUUGUAAAUGGAGGUUAUGGGCAUUGGGCACCCUAUCACAAUUUGUGGUUGUGCUGUCAUACAUCCUGCGUUCCAUGCGAGAUCUAAUUCCUGCGUCACACGUUUGGACACCACGUCGGCAUGGUCCACGUGUUGAUGGAUGUGGCUGGAUUUAGUAGCUGAGCGGUCCGAUCGUCCUGUCUCUAUUAUCCAGUGUGGGAUUAGAGUCCCCUAACCAAGAUAUAUCUUAUACUGGGGUGUAAGCCUGCUGUCCGUGUACCAGGAUUAUUGGUGUCAAACAUUCUACGACUUAUUUCAGAAUAUCUGUCUGUUAAAAUCGAUCGAGAAUGUCCUAUUUAAAAUUGUAGUCUGUGUAGUAUGCUUAGGCAUUGCCAGGUUUUAAACGGCUGGAGUGGUUUUAAAAUCCAGUUGUUUUUUUUACCUGUGACACAGAUGCAGGAUUGGCUAAUGUUUUCUCUGUAUUAUGCGUAGGCAACGCUGUGACUUGACUGAGAGGCUAGCACUCAAUACAUGGUAACAACCUCUCCUCCCUGAAGUAGUCGGGCACCUUGGGAGGCCAGGUUAAGUGGUCUUAGUCGCUCGUUACCUGACAUUUAUAAGUGGACUGCUGAAUGUGACUUAUUCCUCUGCAGGAGGCCACAGUUUGAGGAGUGUCUGUUUAUUAAAAAUUUUAUUUGUUUAAAUUACCAUAUUAAAUAUAAAUGAAUGGAACAGGCGGCAGUCACUUAGGCAGUCACCUUUGGUAAUCCCUCUCGUGUAGUGGAUUAUGGGCACUUUACGUCUAUCGCCCGCGCAGUCAGAGGCUGAUCUUGUUCUACUGUCAUGGGGGCCUCCUUCAUACGGAGUGUUGCAAACAAUAUCCCGCAUUAAUGGCAGCCCAAUUUCAGACUUUCCACGGCCCAUUAUUCAGAGAUUAAAAUAAGGGAAGGAGGGUCUGUGUGUGUAAAUACAUAGAUAUUCUGUCCGAGGCGCAAAAAAAGCUGAGAAUCUCUGAUUUUUUUUUUUCUGCAGGUUACUCUAAUUCGAGCAUUUUAUCCAAUGGUUCUAAUUUUAUUUUCUCAGAUUUUUUUUAAUUUAGUUUUAUUUAUUUUUUAAGCGCAGUCUUGAUGUACUUUAAUGGUAUAUCUGUAUCCAAACCCCACUGAGUAAUCCUAUCUCUAUAAUGUAUUGGUGGACAUGUUGUGUAGGGGAUUCAAGUCAUGGCUUGUUUCUCAGGAGGGGCCACUCCUAUUAGUUCUCUUCAAAAAGUUUGAAAACCAAGCUAUUUAUGAAAAGGUUUCAGUAUCUGUAUGGGAGUUGUUUCCCCAUUAUAUGUAGAGACGCUAAUUAAGCCUAUGUCUCCUGUAACUUAAACUGAACUGCACAAGCGAAGGGCGAUUUCUGUAAGCAGCCCACUGAGCGUGCAAGGGACAGGAUUGUAGAUGGUUUUGUUACAGUGCCAUCUGUUGGUUUAAAGUGGUAUUACUUGUGAUUUUAUAUUGGACCCAAACUUUGCUACAUUUAAUCCCCUUCCUAAAACAAAAUUGAAUAUAAACCAACAAACAUUUUCAAGUUACCUUUUUAUAGCGUUGUCACAUUAAUAAAAUGAGGGCUUUGUAUUGUGCCCUGCCCAUUUCUUAUGCUAGGGAAGUACUGGUCUUGUGGAAAAGGCAAGAAUGCCACGCACCACCCGUCCUUAACGCUACACAUUAUUGGCAAUUAUUUCUAAUAAUUAGUGAUUGUUUCCUACUAAUUUGCAGGACAUAAAUAGUACAAUCAUGAUUGUUAAAAUGACACACUACUGAGUUCAAAUUAGACUGUUUUUCCUGCAUCCAAAUCUUUGUAUUAAAGACUGCAAGGGGCACUCUAAGCACCAUAACCACUACAGCCCUGUUGAGUUGUGACAGUGGACACGUUAGCCAAUCGGUGCCAUCCAAAUUUAGCCAAAACUGAGUGUAUGUGCAUUGUUACAUAGCGUUUAACCCCUUUGCUGCUGGACGUGUGACUCCACCUCAAGCCGUGCCAUUGGGGCGCCAUUAGUGUUCCGCUUGGUUAAUGUGAAUUCUGUGCAAAUUUGGAGUUAGACACCAGCAGGCACAGACAGCAUGCUGGCACCAGACCUCAAAAGGUGGCAUGCCAGCCCCCACAGCCCACUCUCUGGCAAGGGCACAAUUUGCAGGAAGAACUUGGCCUCUGCGCUAGAUUGGUGGGUAUGAAGUUGUGUGUGUUUAUUUUUUUUAAUUUUUUUAUGGAAAUCUUUUGGGAGGCAGGCCAGCAGAGCAAGUGGUACUCUAACCAAAACCAGUGUUCAUUUGGAAUUCCCUUUACUGUGGAAGAGGGCCCUUCGUCUUAGCAAUACAAUGAAAGGAUGCCCCCCUCCGUUUUCUCUAAAGAUUUGACACAGAACAGGGGGACCAUGCGAGGGGCCUUCUAGCACUCUAACUGUGGUGUUGAUAGUAUCCGUUUAAGUAUGUGUCUAAGAGCAGUCAGGUGUAUAAGACAAACUGUACGGAAAUUGUAUGUGUUUUGGACUUGAAGUCCAUUUUUAAGAACUGGUGCGAUUGUAGCGUUUCUGUAUAUUGACUUUCUGACGUCAGAUGAGAGGUUAUGCUCUAAAGUGAGUAAUUGCUGGGAUUACAAAGCUUGAGGCUAAAUUAGGCAGAAAGAUUCUUGGAGUCCACUUUGCUUUCAGUUUGGGUAUUUUGGAGACAAAUUUCAAUUUGGAUUCCUGACCAUUCAGACUUUAUUGAACUGGCGGCGGAGCUAGGUUUUAUUUAUUUUUUUUUUUUCUAAUCCUCCUCUAUCAUGCUGCCUUUCCUGCUAAAUCUACACAUACGUUAUAUCCAUACUAUUAGCACGCGGUAACCUACUUUACAGCUGGAUCCACACACCUAAAGUGCUUUAUGUGUGAAAAAAGUUUCAUUUUUUAUUUUUAUUUUUUCAUUUUACAAAAGUUCAGAUUUCAAUAGAAAUUGACACUUUUUUUAUAAAUUAUUCUGGUUACACACCCACUGGAUUUCAAGCAGACAAUUGUCCUUAUUACUUCCUGGUUGGGGGGGAGGGGUGUAAUGCAUACUUUUUUUAAACCGCUCUGAGCACAAAGUUAAUAUUUGAGGUAGCAGGGCAAGCGGUUACAUAGUUUUUAUAUUCAGAUAAACAUUUAAACCUUGUUUUCUUGUCUUCAGUGUCCUUCGAUCAUUGUGGACCCUCUCCAGUUACUUUCCACUCUGAAGACCCACAUUUUGAAGUUUUGGAAAAUGGAGACCUUGUCGUAAAGAAUUCUAUAAAACUUCACCAACCCACGAAAAAAUUCAAAGUUGUUGCUAUUUAUGGCCAAAACAAAGAUGAAGAAAAGUCUACUUUUAUAAACCUGGAAAGGCGACAUAAUUUGCACAAAGAGGUGAGUUCUGGGGUUUAGGAUGGUUGAAACCAACCGCUCAGUCGUCAUUUAAAGGGACACUUCCCUCGAGAUAUAGAUUGAUAUUAUCCUAACAUACUAACUUAUGUGUCCUGUAUCUGAUGGUGGGAGCAGGAAGCCAUGAUUAGAAGCUCAGCUGCAGGUAAUGACCUAGGAAAGCCAUGUGACCCCGGCCUACAGGGCUGCCAUAUUUUACCUUCAACCCGUGUUGGGUCCUUCUCUUUAAGGCAGAGGUUCCCAAUUAGUUUUUCCUGCAGAACUCUUUGACAUAGUGUAUCAACAUUGUAGAAAACCCUCCCUCCCCCCCAGAAAAAAAAUGUGCCUUUUUUGUGUGUGUGUGUUUGUUUGUGUUGGGGUGUGUAUCUGACACACAGAUACACUGACAAUGUGUGUAUGUAUCUGUGUGUAUGUGUUUGUAUGUGCCGGUGUGUAUAAUCUGUGUUUGUAUGUGCCAGUGUGUGUAUAUCUGUGUUUGUAUGUGUAUGUAUCACUGCUCCCUCGCUGCCCACUGCCAUUUAAAAAAAAAAUACAUUUAGGCGGAACGCCAAUUGCCGUUCCACCUUCUGCUUUAAUGUGACUAUGUUGCUGGGUCAGGCAUUAAUAGUUGCUAGGUUUCAGAUACCACCCAUUACUUAGAUCAUAGGAAUCCAAAGGAAAUUAACCUGAAACAGACCUGAAAUGGUAUAGUCCCUGAAUUAAUCUUGUCAUUCCAAUAUUGCACCCUUUGACCCAUAGAGUUCAUACCUUUGAGAACGAACCCAAAAAUGACGGCAAAGUGCUCUAUCCGCGGUCUUUGUUUCUGUGUGACGUAAAUGUACUCGACUUAGUAUGGUAUUUUGAUGAAUAUUGAUGCACAAAAUAUGGAAACUACAGGUUGAAUUUCUUCACGCAUAUUAAUACAUUUUGACUUCUUUUUAGUUUAAUAAUGAUUAUCCUUUUUUGCAAAUCAGAAUUUAUCCAACGAUGACCUGAAAUUGAAAAGACAGAAGAGGGACUGGGUUAUCCCCCCAAUCACCAUAUCAGAAAAUGAGAGAGGCCCCUUUCCCAAAAGGAUGGUGCAGGUAUGACAAGUUAUUUGUGGACCAAACUGAGUAAAUUGUAUUUGUGGGUAAAUAAUUACUUGCUGUCAGAUUCUGUGAAUCACUAUAAAUUAAAAUCCAAACUGUUUAUUUCAGCCUGUAACUUAUAAGACAUGAUCCACCGAAGAUAAUUCUGAAUUGGUAUAACCAUUAGAGUUCUCACUCAUUUGAACCAGUUAAAGGAACACUAUAGUCACCUAAAUUACUUUAGCUAAAUAAAGCAGUUUUAGUGUAUAGAUCAUUACCCUGCAACUUCACUGCUCAAUUCACUGUCAUUUGAGUUAAAUCACUUUGUUUCUGUUUAUGCAGCCCUAGUCACACCUCCCCUGGCUAUGAUUGACAGAGCCUGCAUGAAAAAAAAACUGGUUUCACUUUCAAACAGAUGUAAUUUACCUUAAAUAAUUGAAAUUGAACUUUAAUCACAUACAGGAAGCUCUUGCAGGGUCUAGCAAGCUAUUAACAUAGCAGGGGAUAAGAAAAUCUUAAUUAAACAGAACUUGCAAUAAAGAAAGCCUAAAUAGGGCUCUCUUUACAGGAAGUGUUUAUGGAAGGCUGUGCAAGUCACAUGCAGGGAGGUGUGACUACGGUUCAUAAACAAAGGGAUUUAACUCCUAAAUGGCAGAGGAUUGAGCAGUGAGGAUGCAGGGGCAUGUUCUUUACACCAAAACUGCUUCAUUAAGCUAAAGUUGUUCAGGUGACUAUAGUGUCCCUUUAACUAAUCUUCUGCAUGUGACAAAGAAAAUAUAGGAGACUUAGAUGUUAUUUUCUUCAUAAUAACAGGCUAGCCCGAAUCUAUACGAUCUCUCCGUGUCUUUGUAUAGAAUUCAUGUUUUGUUCUAAUCCUUUUAUGCUCCCUGACUUUUCCUUAGAUUAAAUCCAGUCGAGACAAGGAAGUGAAAGUUUUCUACAGCAUAACCGGCCCGGGGGCUGAUACUCCACCUGUGGGGUUGUUUGUUGUGGAACGAGCAACUGGCUGGCUCAAUGUGACUAAACCCUUGGACAGAGAAGACAUCCCUAUGUUUACUGUAAGUACAUUAUUAUAAUAGUCAAACUUCAAAUCAUUACUGUGAUAAGGCAGAAUUCAAGAUUUCUAAUUGUUGUGAUGGUCUUUUUAGCUGUUUGUGCACGCAGUGUCAUCCAAUGGACAACCUCUAGAGGACCCAAUGGAGGUUAUCAUCAAAAUUUUGGAUCAGAAUGAUAACAAGCCUAAAUUCACAGAGCCGGUCUUUACAGGCAGCGUCCCUGAGGGGUCGAGGCCAGGUACGUUUCAUAUAAUUAAUUUUUGCUGCAAUUAAACUUAUUUCUGAUGUGGUAUUCUAACUGAUAGCAUAGUAAAGGAACAUGCUGUGUAGAUGGUAACUGUAGCGGAACUCCCUGUACCUCGGCUGGUUACCUCCGCCAAAGGACCGCUUCCUAGCUGGAACAGGGGACAAACCGCAUCACUUAUGCCCACAGUCACCGUAGUUGGACUGGGACCCUGAAACCUCCUUCCUGGAGCCGAAGGGGGAAUUGGCUCUAGUCCUUACAAGGACUUUCCCCGUUAAAUCUCCUGCAAGCUGGAACAGCAGACACAGGAGUAAAUCUUCUUCCCUCCAAUAACAGGACAACACAGUUUUGGAGUGUAAACAGGAACACAAUGCACUAAGGCUUUAUUGCUCUUAUAAACACAUUUCUCCACAAGGUUACCACCCACGUGGGCCUUGUGGAACAGCCAAUCAACAACGUUCAAUACAGUCACACUCCCAUUCAUUACAGCAGAAUCCUCCCCUCUGCCUGUGAUAUAAUUACUGAACACAACGGGCUAACGUAAUUACCACAGGCAGGAAAAUAUAAUUUUUACACAUUUUUAAUUACUUUAAAAUUAUACAUCCAAUAUUAAUAAAACUUAAAUUUUUUGAAACCGCAUAACUAGGGAACAAACGUAUCCAAAUUCCAUUCAAAUCCGUUCAGGAGUUAGCUGGAAGUCUCUUUUUACCGACUGCACGCACAUUUUCAUGCCCAAAACUGUUCCAGAGAAUCAGGCUGUGCAGCCGGUCUAUUUCCCAUGUUAACUAUCGUUCAAAUAGGUGAACGGCAGCCGUUCGAAUUGUCGAAUGAGUUAGUUCUAGGAAAGGUAAAACUUCAGCGGUGUUCGUGCUGUCCAGUAGCCGAUUUCAGUUCAUGAACUCGAUGGCAAAACACCGCUGACCGCGUUAGGCUAAAUUAAAAUGGCCGCUGCCAUGUGUUUUUUUUUUUUUUUUUUUUUCGAAUGGCGUCCACUUCGGCUACAUCCGAAGUGCCAUAUAAAAAGUACCAAUCCUUCCCCAUAGUAUUUUUAAAGGGCCAGAAGCCGUGAAAUAAAAAUCCAGUAUGGCCAAAUAACGUUGUAAAGGGCAAAAUCUCCCAAGGGCCAUAGUCACAAGGCAAGAGGCUGGCAAUCAGGCCCCUCCAAAAACCAGUGGUGAGGUCACUUUCGCCACAGUAACAAGGUUUCAUUUAAACCCAACUGCUCAUUCCUUAAAUAUUAUACGGAGUUACACUAGAACAGUUAAACAAAUGUGGCUGACUUUGCCUGUUUAUUUUAAGGUACUCCUGUAAUGUUCGUAACCGCCACAGAUGAUGAUGAUGGCAUAGACACCAACAAUGGGAUUGUUUCCUAUUCUAUCAUUGGCCAGGAUCCCAAAGAACCCAGCGACCCAAUGUUCACAGUCAAUGAACAAACUGGCCAGAUCACCGUGAUUUCAACCGGCUUAGACCGAGAGGUUUGUAAAGUCCUUUAUUGAAAACUUUUUGCAGUUUCCGAUAACACUGUCUCCUUCUGACUGCCUGUCUUUCUGCCAUGUCCUGGCACACCACAGAUAGCGGGUUCUUGCUGCAUUUAAAUUGGUUUGGUUUAGUCCUGGUAUUUAAUGUGGAGAAUACCCAAACUUCUGGUCAGUUCAAUAAAUUAACGUAUAACAUGCAGUAGUAUGAAUGCCAGCUGCACUUUUCUGGUGGACAAUAAAGCCACAUAACCAUGAUUUUCCACAUCUUUUUUACAGAACAAUGCAGAAUACACACUGACCAUACAGGCUACAGAUCAAGAAGGUAAAGGACUCUCUGCGACUGGCAAAGCUGUGAUCACCGUGACGGAUACCAAUGACAAUGCUCCGAUAUUUGACCCCACUACGGUAAGAGGGGAAUAAAUCCCUUGCUUAAUGUAACUUUUACUUUAAAGUUAGGAGAUCCCUGGCAGUGGUGGAACUUGCUCCCAUGCAUCUUCCAACAGUUGGAUGUAUGAAUGCUGGAUGAGUGACACUGUGUAUCACUAGAGACACUGCAUUAGGUGGACCAACCUGGAAAAGGGUCGAGUAAAACCCAGAAAGAUUACGCCAAUGCCGUGUUGGCAAACUGGACCCCUCUCUAACAAUAAAAGCACGAUUGUAUUCUAACAAUCGGUAAGCUCCAACGCAUCGGUUUGUCAUGGAGUCUGAUGUAUUGUUUUUUUUUCUUCUAUCUAGUACGUUGUAAAUGUCCCUGAAAAUGAAGUUGGUUACGAAGUGACACGUUUAACGGUUACAGACGCCGAUACGUAUGGUUCAGACGCGUGGAUUGCUGUAUAUAAGAUCAUAAAGGGAAAUGAGGGAGGCUUCUUCAAAGUGGAGACUGUUGCUGACAAUAAUGGACUCGUGACCACAGUAAAGGUAGGUUUUUUUUUUUCACCAAAUCAAAAUUUAAAUAAAGUAAUACAGGGAACUGAAUUUUGUUGCAUGUAAAAUAAUGGAAUGCUCAACACUUCCACAUUAAAACCAUAUUUUGUCAGUUUGCCAACGGUCAUUAUGAAGUGGUUAUGAUGCCUUUAGUGUCCCCCACCCAUAAAGACUAUAAACUGUAUUUAAAUAGUCUAUGUAUUGUAAUAUGUAUUAUUGGUCAGUGGGAACUCACCAUGUUUGAUUAUUCCACAAACAGUUCAAAUAACGGUUAGAUUGUCAAAUGUCAGUCUGCGUAAAUCACAACCUCCAGAUUUAAAUAAAUGGCACUGGAUAUCGGGCAGAUGGAAACACCGCUUGAAGAGAAUACAGACUAGAAACAACGGGAAAACCUUUAUAUUCUUUAAAGUCAUUCCGUGCAAUAUAUACACACUGCAUGUACAUAUUUUUGGCUUCAACUCGUUUGAUUUGACAUGAAACUUUGAAUAAGAGAAUUGCUGACCUUUUUAUAUUGAGCCGUAAACCGCGAGCUGCAUUGUCCUUUUUAUAUAUAUAUUCUCUAUAUUUUAAGGGAGCAAAAUACUAGCACAAUAACCCUCAAACUAGGUUAUUUGGCGUGCUUUACAGCAUCGUGGUCAGGAUGGCCAAGGGUGAAUUAUGUUCAAAACGUUAAAAUAAAACAGCUUGGUUUAAAAAAAAAUAAAUAAAAAAAAAAUAAUAAUAAUAAUAAUAAUAAAAAAAAAUAUAUAUAUAUAUAAUUUUUUUUUCUUGCUUGCAUUUUCUAAUGUGUCUAUAAAAUAUGGUUUGUUAAUCUCUCCUUCCUGUUGCAGGGGUUGGACUUUGAAGGUCCAAAGAAUGUGUUCCAGUUGAGUAUCGUUGCGUUGAAUAAGGCAAACUUUUCUGUGCCUCUGCAAACCUCCACUGCCCUAGUCACCGUAAACGUUCAGGAUGUGAAUGAGGCCCCCAUAUUUAAUCCCGCUGUUUAUUCAGUCAGUGUUUCGGAGGACUUGCCUAGUGGUCAGGAAGUUGCAUCGUACACGGCUACAGAUCCCGACAAGGUGCAGAAUCAGAAGAUACUGUAAGUAGAUACAUUUGUGUUCUGCAUGCAGAUUAUGGAAAUUAAAUUAUCCUUUAAUAAUAGGAGUGUUAAAUUAGCUUAAAACACUGCACAUAAAGUGAAAUCAAACUUGAUGAAAGAUGAAUUUGAGGCAGAAAUUGUUGAGAUUAUUUUUCAUGUUAGAUGGGCUUCCUGUAGAACGCAAAGAAGCAUAACACUGUCACUGGAGUUCAGGCCGUAAAUCUGUCAAGAAGUGUAAAAUGGGGUAACGCCAUGGGACCCCAAUGGAUUCCACAUACUGAGCCAGCUAACCAUGUGUGUGACAUUUGUUCUUUGCAGGUACAGCAUUGGAAAUGACCCAGCUGGAUGGCUUUCUGUCAAUAAGGACAAUGGCAUUAUCACUGGAAAUGGCCAACUAGAUCGAGAGUCCUUCUACGUGCAGAACAAUGUCUACAAAGCCAUCAUCUUGGCAGUUGACAGCGGUAAGAAUUCAGGGAAAUUUUAAUAAACCCUUCUUCAACACUUGCCAGAGUUGGGGGUUGGAUGGGAGUGUGAAGGCCGAUUCAAAAUGGCACAAUACCAAAGGCCUGUCUUGAUUCCCAAAUGGGAUUUAUUAGAGCAUGUGCAGCUUUGUGCUGCUAAGAGUACAGAUCAUAUUAAAUGCAGCCAAGAAAAUAUGAGAAACCGUCAUGAUGGAUAGUUUGUAUUGUAAAUAUACAAAAACACAUUGGUAGGAGCCUCUUGUUAUUGUGCUCCAUUUGUUCUCAAACACCUUUGCUUCCAGAAUAGAGUAUAAACGUUUUAUACUUUUACAUACAUUGCUGAAUGAAAUAUAGUCCAUAACGACUCACUUAUCAUCCAGAGUUUCCUGCAUGCAUGAAGCAGGACCGCUAUACGGCGGCCACCCGGACACGCUGGCUUCUUUCACUACCUACUUCCCCCACAGCUCCACUCAGUCUACCUCACAUGCGGUUAUUAACAAGGAGCUGUUCAAAUACCACACCAGGUUACGUCAGUACCCUCCGUUAACUAGAAUUGCCUACGGCAGCCUAGGCUAUGCAUUAGCCCCUUCUUUCUAAAUUGCCUUAUAGACACCCACAUGGCCUGUAAAUUGGGUUUCCCUGUACUUCCGCAACAAAGGCAUAGCGACCUACUCCCCUAGAGGGCACAGUCCCCACUAGACCGCGACACACAAGCGCACACCAUGCCUCCACUUACACGCUCACUCUAGAUAACAAGCACUCAAGCCAAAACUAAUCAUACGACCGGUUCGGAAACUACUCUUUUCACACAUUAACAUUCUACGUUGUUAUAUUCUGCAAAUUGUUUACCAAUUUUAAAAAAUUGUGCAGUUACUAAAUAUGCCAUGCUGUUAUACUUUAUUGCUAAUGAGCUUGUAAUAGCUGUCGUGGCUAUCCAAGCAUGUUAAUGCGUGCACAACAAAAAUAAAUAAUAAUAAAAAAAAUAACUUAUCCUGUUUUAUAAUCUAGGAAUGGUUACCAACCUAUAGCGGGAUACAUUUCUCUGCCAGAGGCCCCUGUUCACUCAUUUAAUGCAUGAAAAUGUCAGCUUGCCCUCUUCUUUCAAACUGUAAGGGAAGUUUCAAUGGGUGAUAUCAUUCCUACAGUUAGUGGAGGACUGAAUGAGCUCUACCACUUCACUGAUUGCAAUUGCAUUCCAGAGAGUGUUCAAGAUUGCUGUUGCGACUUUAAAUGCCUUUAUUUUAGAAAUUUAAGGUUCAACUGUGUGGGAAUUAUGCUCAAAUGCAGAGACAUUAUUUUUGUCACACCUGCUGUAAUGGGAGAGAAGUAUUUUUGCUAUUCUACUAAUAUUUCCGACCUUAUGUGAAAUAGUGCAAGAUAAAGAAUACUUUAUACUGUCUAAGGAUACUCCUUCCCCAAAGAUUACUAUUAAGAAUGAACGACUAAAUAAAAAGUUUAUAAAUUUACAUAAUUUUAAAACGUAUCUGAAAAGUACAUAAAACUACUGUUCUAUUGUAUGUUUACGUGUUGGACAUGUAUCUGUUUCAACUAAAUGUUUUGCUCGUGUUUUUUUUUUUUUUUUUAAAGUGCUUGGUGGUAAAACUGAUCCUGGCUAUUCUGAUUAUAUUCUGACUUUUGUCAUCAGGGAUUCCAUCAGCUACUGGUACUGGGACCCUUCUGCUUACCCUUCUUGAUGUCAAUGACAACGGUCCAUUUUUGGAAAUAACACAGUUGGCAUAUUGCCAACAGGAUACAAAUCCACUGAUGAUUCCCAUCAUUGAUCGAGAUCUGGCACCAAACACUGGCCCCUUCUCAGUGGAGCUUCCACGAGAGGCACGGGAAAACUGGACUGCCACGGUAGUUAAUGAUCGUAAGUAAUUUACAAAUUGGCUUCUGUUGUAGUAGUGGUUUUUCCUGCCUGACUUAUUGUAAAAAAUAAAAAUAAUACUAUUCCCUUUAAGGAGUUUAUAAAAUGGACAAACUACCUUUAAUUAUUUAGGCAUUCGAAUGACCCCUACCUAUCUGACUUAUUCACUAUCAACUUUUACUCGAUUUUAACAGCCAUUCAAUCAGACCUUGUUAAAUGGAAUAAACCUACAGUUUCCUGGACAGGCAAGAUCAACAUUUUAAAAAUGAACGUUCUCCCUAGGAGUUUAUACAUGACGCCCCUCGCCAUCCAUAUUACUAACCCAUUCUUCCGAGAUUUUUAACUCCUCUUGCAAUAAAUUUGUCUGGAUGAGCAAGAGACCACAACUUAGUAUGACUGACUUAGCAAGACUGAGAGAAAGGAGUGGUUUGAAUUUACCCAACUUACAACACUAUGACAUAGACAACCUCUUUACCAAAAUACGAGAAUGGACUUUAGUUGAUACCUAAAACCGUGGAAAACACUGUAUGCUUGUUUUUUUUAGGUGUGUUUCUCGACACCCGGCCUUGACAGACUGCAGGAUUCUCUGCUCUGUGCCCAAAAUGGCAUCCCACAAUAUACCAAAUUAUGACCACUUGGCGUACAAUAAUGAUCAGCAGUGGUCUGUUGAGAUAAUAGACAUACUAAGGGUACCAUUGAUUUUAAGCUCUCAACCUUAGAGGUACAAUUUUCCCCUCAAUAGGAAAUCAUGUUGUGUACUGCAACCCCGUGACAUCCAUGACAGAGGAUGAAGGCCACCCAAGAUGUCCCUCUUAUAACAAACAUCGCUGUCCUAGAGUUAGAGCACAACCCCUACUUUUACUCCAUUCUCAUAAUUCUUCUUGCCUCCAUUUUGUAGAACUGCAUAUAAAGCCACUGAAAGACCUGGACUUUGAAACCUAUGACGUGUCGGUAAACCUGAAAGACAAUCAAGGUCUGACAAACACUAGCAGGAUAAGAAUCAUGGUCUGCAAAUGCAUUGGGGAAACAGGGACCUGUGAGGAGAGAGCUGCGCUUGCCGGAGGUUUGGGAGUCCCUGCUAUUAUCGGUAUCCUCGGAGGCAUUCUCGCUCUUUUGAGUAAGUAACAUUGCAUUCUGUUACAUACAUGUGGAACGUUAUCUAGGGAAACCGCUUAUUGUAAUCUCCAUUUAACACUGCCAUUUUAAACUGGGGAAUCUUUCCACAUGUUGGUCAGUUCUCCCUUCAUUUGGCUAAAGAUAAUUGAAAUUUUCCCAAUUUCCUCCAGUACCAGCUGGACUGACAUGGAUAUGGUCCUGGUAAGAUCUCGGGGUUAUUGAAAAGGUGAUGUGUGUACAUAUUCAGCUCCGCUCCAGUAUGGCUUCCACCACUGACUGAUCACAAGAUAUACUGCAAUAAAAUCCAUGUACCCAUGACCUCCUUGCCAAGAUAAAUUUGAGUUUAAGAUAUAUUAAGAAUAAUUAAAAUGUUAUUUCACUCACACAGCUUCCAUACAAGUCAUGGUCAUCAAAGCACUAUAUAUUGAAGACCUAAAACCUUUUUGUUCCCUGAUUUUGUUUCUUGUAGUACUGUUGUUGCUCCUGCUGCUCUUUGUGAGGCGCAAGAAAGUGGUCAAAGAACCUUUACUGCCCCCCGAAGACGAAACUCGGGAUAAUGUGUAUUAUUAUGAUGAAGAAGGAGGUGGUGAGGAAGAUCAGGUAAAGAAGAAGCGGUCUAAGUAAUGGCUAUAAUAAACAAUACAAAAGAGGAUUUACAAAUCUGACCUCUCUGACUGUUUUGUUUUUUUUGUUUUUUUUAAGGAUUUUGACCUGAGCCAGCUGCACAGAGGUCUUGAUGCUCGUCCAGAUGUCAUCCGCAAUGAUGUGGCCCCCACUCUCCUACCCGCUCCACAGUACCGCCCUCGGCCGAGCAACCCAGACGAGAUUGGCAAUUUCAUUGAAGAGGUUUGUGCUGGCUUGAAAUGCAUCCAAUUUGUAUAAAAAAAUUAAAAUUAAAAAAAAUCAAACAUUUUGGGGUCAGAAUCCCUUUAAAAGAGGAGAGGGUUAUGGGGACUGUAGUCUCAUAGUCUUACAAUGGCAGAGGAGUCAAGCAGCAUACACAAAAAAAAAAACCCAAAACUUGCAUAUUCUUAGUAGGCAUUGUGAACGAACAUCGCAUCCAUAGCCCACCAAGUUCACUUAUACCUCUUAGUACAAUAAGAGGUUCAUCUAUCAAACCAUAAACCUUACUACAAUAUAGGGAAAAAAGAAUUGCACACAUACUACUUCCAGAAUUCCUCCUAAUCCUAGUAAAUAUGUCUAUACAUCUUAAAAGGAAUACACCUGGCACCCCAUUAAGAUGGUCUGGGUGACUAUAGUGUCCCCUGAAAACAAAAUGUCAUAGAGGGACAAAGGUUUAAAAAUAAUAUCAGGAAGAAUUACUUUACUGAGAGGGUAGUGGAUGCAUGGAAUAGCCUUCCAGCUGAAGUGGUAGAGGUUAACACAGUAAAGGAGUUUAAGCAUGCGUGGGAUAGGCAUAAGACUAUCCUAACUAUAAGAUAAGACCAGGGACUAAUGAAAGUAUUUAGAAAAUUGGGCAGACUAGAUGGGCCGAAUGGUUCUUAUCUGCCGUCACAUUCUAUGUUUCUAUGUUCUAUGUUUCUAUAUUCACACUUGUGCACAACUUGCACCACAGACCAUCACACCAUCAAAACACUCUGGUAGAAAGCAGUCGCAUAGUGGCACAAAUAAUUCUUAAAGUUGACAUUAUAAUGUACAAACAAAUUCAAAUACUUAACAAAUAUCUAGACCCAGAUUGUGUUCCUCCUGGUAGUAAUGCAGGUUUUAUAGCGAGACUAAGCUGCUAUUUCUUCCUAUCCAGAACCUCCAUGCAGCAGAUAAUGACCCCACCGCUCCACCCUAUGACUCCCUGCUGGUGUUUGACUAUGAAGGCAGCGGCUCGGAUGCUGCAUCGCUCAGCUCCCUGAAUUCCUCCAACUCAGACGGAGACCAGGACUACAGCGGCCUGAGCAACUGGGGCCCGCGCUUCAACAAGCUGGCUGACAUGUAUGGGGGUGACGAGGAUUGA